UCCAACAACUCUGCGGUCAUAUCAAUCGUACAGUUCAGCACAAAUACCCACACAGCAACGACGAAUAGCAAACACGACCUAGGAACGUAUCAUCCUUCGAUUUACAAAAAAAUGGACAACUCACAGCAAUAUGUCAUCCUCCAGCGGAUACCAACCGCGCAGGAGUACCACGACCUACGCAAAGCCGCCAACCUGACCCCUCCCCCACUAGAAGCGGCAGCCAAAGCUCUAGCAAACUCCUUUGCCUGUUUCACAGCCUACGAACGCAUACACAUGCAAGACGACACAACCCCCGGGCUGGACCAGCACCCCGUCGGUAUGGGCCGCUUACUCGGAGACGGAGCACUUUUCUUGCAGCUUUGCGAUGUAGCCGUGCAUCCCGACCACCAAGGCAAAAGCAUAGGAAAACGCAUCAUGCAGAGUCUUGUUGACCACAUCGACGAACACGCACCGCAGGCCUAUGUUAGCAUGGUCGCGGAGCCCAUUGGCCAGAAGCUGUACCCUAGAUUUGGUUUCGAGGAUGUCAAGCCAAGUAUCGGGAUGUUUCGAUGCGCGUGGAUUCAGAACAACCCCGAUUUCAAGGCGAUGCGGGAGGCUAAGGCUGCUGCAAUGCUAAGGAAUAAUUGAUCGUUCGAAGAAGUAUAGGGCAUGGAGUUUUUCGACAGUGCGUACGAAUUGGGAUCUCAGGUUUCGCAUUUGGGCGAAUCAUCAUGCCUCGAGACCAUUUCUUUGUGGUCGUUAUAAGGUAUCCGGAAGUCAUUUCGAUGAUUAAGCCCCACAGAAUACUGCAGACAUGGUUUCAAUUUAUAGCGACAUAGAGCUGCGACGGACACU